AGUGUAAGUCUAUUUCCGGAAGUGGUUCGUAGUUUGUUUUGGACUCUGCAGGUGUCGGCCUCAUGCACGGAUACGUCGACUGUCACUGUCACAUCUCAGCGGCGGAUUUUGACCAGGACAUUGAAGAGGUGGUUGAGAAUGCAAAACAGAGUGGAUUAUUGGCCCUUUUAGCUGUAGCAGAACACUCUGGGGAAUUUGAGAAGAUCAUUGACUUAUCACAGAGGUUUCCAGGUUUCAUUUUUCCAUGCUUGGGAGUUCACCCUGUUCAAGAGGUUUCCCCUGAGCAGCAGAGGGGGGCAUCUCUGCAGGAUUUAGAUGCUGCUUUGCCCAUCAUAGAGAAAUAUAAAGACCACCUCGUGGCCAUUGGAGAGGUGGGUUUGGAUUUCACACCCAGGUAUGUGAGGGCAGACGCAGAUAAAGAGAACCAGAGGCAGGUUCUCAUUGGACAAGCAGAACUGGCCAAGCGGCUGGAUUUGCCUCUAAACGUUCACUCCCGCUCAGCUGGAAGGCCGACCAUCCACCUUCUGAAGGAACUCGGUGUCAACAGAGCUCUACUUCAUGCUUUCGAUGGGAAACCGUCCGUCGCUCUGGAGGGAGUGAAGGCAGGCUAUUUGUUUUCAAUCCCACCAUCAAUAAUCCGCAGUGAACAGAAGCAGAAACUUGUGAAGCAGCUGCCGUUGGAGAGCAUUUGUCUGGAAACUGAUUCACCUGCCCUUGGGCCCGAGAAGCAGGUGAGAAAUGAGCCUAAAAACAUCUCCAUCAGUGCCGAGUACAUCAGUAAAGUCAAAGGUGUGUCCGUGGAGACAGUGAUGGAGUUGACGACACAAAAUGCUCUGAGACUUUUCCCCAAGUUAAAGACAGCCGUCGCACUCUGACACAAUGCUGAAGAGUUUAUGGAGUUGAGAAUCAUCUGACGUUACAAACCCACAACGUCCCGGCAUCUCUUUGACUUAUAUUUAAUUUGAUUUACAGGAGAAAACCUGUGUCUGCAUCUGCAUUCAUGAUCGUCUGGAAUAAACAUGGAUGAGAUAAACAUUUAA